GGGGGGGGAGGGAGAGAGAGAGAGACAGAGAGGGAGAGGGAGAGAGACAGAGAGAGAGAGAGAGAUCAGAUGUAAUAUUCUGGACAGAGGAAUCCGUCUGGUGAAAAUGGCAGGUGAAGUUCCAGCACUUCCAGAUUCCUUUGCUCCGAGUCCUGACAGUGUUUUCUCUGACCAGUUUGGAUUCUACUCUUUGGACUCAAAUGUUCCUGGGCUGUCUAAAGUCAUCCUGGACAACCUGAACAUGAAGGACUUCUCAGAGUACAGAGCGGCCCUAGAGGGGAGAGCGAAGGUUGGCUUCAGUUCUCAUAAGGAGAUGUUUCAGAAAAUGGAGGAGACUUUUAAAUUCUGUGCCUGCUGCUCUAAACUGCCCAGAGAUCUGCCUGAUCGCUCAGAGCUCAGACGCUGUGCCAAGUGUCUGAACGUGUACUACUGCAGUAAAGAGUGCCAGAAGAAGGACUGGAGUCUUCAUAAGAAGUUCUGUAAGAAGUUACGGAUGGUGGCCAUAGACAGGCUGGUGGACUGGCUGAUACACACAGGAGAUCUGCCGUUCCCCACGGAAACAUGGACUCAUCCUGCUAAAGAGGUUCAGUGCUGGGACGAUUGGCUUACAAUGCAGAACGACCUCAAAGCACGGAUGGAGUCGAUCCUGUCUGGGACAAACAUGACAGACCUCUGGACCAACGCUUGCCGGCCACGCCCCGAAGAUCCGGAGCUUUGUGAUUCGUUGUGGCGUGUGUGUAGUGAGUUCCUCUCACGUCCACUGACGAUAGGUCUCGGCAUUCAGAUGUUUCGUCUGGAGCCGUAUUCCCGACCUCUGACCAUCCACCUGGUGGGGGCAGGACACAACGAGACUCUGGGUGCGAGGACGACGGAUCUGGAUGAGCUGAGCCGUAUGUUCCCUGGACAUCAGGGUCUGGAGGUGGUCAUGGUGGGACCGGAGGUAGUGAAAGGGCCCAUAAUGAGGCCACCAUUAAAAGCAUUUGGUCCACGAGGAAGAGUCUACAUCAGCGCCUACAAGGGUCUGUACCAUGAGUUCUGGGAGGAGCUUGUGGGGAAAGGAGAGGCAGCAAGACCAGACCUUGUGGUGGGGUUUCACCCAGGGUUUCAUGCGUCUCAGGGUUUGGGAGAAGGCUGGCUGCCUACACUGCUGCUGCUCAGGGAUUACUGCAUUCCCUCAAUGUUCACCAUGUACAAUGAUGAAGAGCUGAAGUACUCUGUGCAGAUCUUGAUGGAGUUGGAGAUGGACAUUAAAGGCACUGGGCCAAACCCUUUCAGUUCCCAGAAGCCUGAGCAAGUGCAGUCAAGUCCCAACAAAGAGCUGAGCUACUGCAAUGCCUUCUACCUGAACUUUCAGGGUCUGCUGGAGGACAAGCUAAAUGAGGAGGAUUAGAACUUUUAGUCACUUUAACUAAGAUCUGGAGAACCUUGUCCCAACCCCAACAAGAACCAAUGAAUCUUUACAAACACGUUUCUUCUAACCUCCUAAGAAGUACAUGAGCAACCAAGCUCUGAGCCAUCUAUAACCCUCUGAGAUUACUAAAGCUAAAGAAGUUCUGAAACCUUCAAUUUCCACAAAUAUAACAUCAGGAAGAAACCUUUAUUACACACAUGACACUAUAAGGACCUUUAAUAUCAGAGAACAAGAUGUACUGAACCUUUAAUAUUCAACUAAAUCUUUAAUCAUGACUUUGAAGGUAAUGACAGACGCAGUGUUUAAGAUGAAUGUUCCACUAAAAUGACACGUAGACGUUCUCAGUACACCGAGAUGGAGUUGAUGAUAGAAUCUCUAAACGAAAACUGGACUGAAAUCUGGUUUUCUUUCUCCUAAAAUCAGCGCUUUUACUCUGGAGUUCAGCUUCAGUAUUAACCUGCGCCGCCCUCUAGUGGACACACCGAGUAGCUGCACGUUAUAAAUCAUGUUCUAGCUGUUAAACGCGUUUCUCUUUUAAACCGUUUGUUUUUUCUCGUUCAUCCCUCCAUCACAUGCAAUCCAUAAUACAGUAAUAAAGCUGUAAAUACACAGUGUGUUAUAAACGUGUGUAAGAGUUUUCAGGAAGGAAACGUUUAUAACAUUUAUGGAGUCACUUAUUAACUGGGAGACAAUAAAACUUUUCCACACUCCA